ACUUUGUUGUCAGUUUUUGACUUCACAAAGAGAGGAAAGCGAUGAUGUGCUAUCUGAUUCAUAAUUAAGAUAUUGAUAUUUCUGUGAAUUGACCUUCUUGUUUACAGGUAAAUGCAAAACAAGCGUUGCAUAUCUCAUUAUUCGGAAUGUAUUUCCGUAUUUUUGAAAUUGUAUUUCAGAGUGGCCUAGCUUUGAACUAAUAUGGUGUGCCGGUUGGAAACAGCUGUCCUGGGCGGAUCCAAAAGAACAAUUAUGGUUGGCAGAAGAAGUUGUCCAGGAAACAAAAAGUCAGCCGUGGCUGCAGAGCCAGCCUUGGCAAGUCGACCCAAGAGGAACAUCUCCCCAAAGAGCUAUGAUAUCACAGCUGGAUUAUCUUGGAAAGAGGAACGUGAACUGAAAAAAGCACUGUACGCAUCAUUACAAGAAUCGAAACGAGCUUCAACCCCCAAACCUGAUACAGAAGACGGGGACACAGCAAGUGACACAGGAUUUCGACCAAUCAAAACAAAGCAAUCUGUGGCUAGAAUGACAAGGAGCUCCAGGUCAUCCAGUGUUCCCUCCACACAACUCACUGGUGGUCAGUCUGUAAGCAAUGUGGAUGAAACCAGCCAGGAAUCCACAAUCUCCUCGUCCAACAGCACUUCUACUUCAGACUCCAAAAAGACAAAGGUGCGAGCCCAGCGAAAGUUUGCUAUGAACCAGCCAAAUACUAAUGCUUCCUCCACAGAGACCAGCUCCUCUGCGACUCUGAAAGCCUCGGAGAAGACAUCCUCCUCCACCAUUGUGUUUCCCAAGAGGGCAAAGACGGAGGACUUCUUAACCUUCCUCUGCCUCAGAGGAACACCUCUUUUGCCCCCUCAUUUGGAUUUCUUCAACUACAGUCGCUAUGACAACAGAUGUAGUAAUGGCCGUGACAGUUCCCCCUCAUCCUCAUCUACUAGUAUCAGUAAUGGACCAGAGGAGCAGGCAUUUACACCAGUAAAUAAAUUCACCACCCCCUGUAAGAAGGCAGCCCGGGCCAGUGCUGGGACCCCAGAGACCUGUAGGGGUCUGGCCGGAGUCAAAAGACUGGAUAAAACACCAAAAACUAAGUCACCUCUGGCACGGCGAGGCAGACCUGCACGCUCACUGAUCAUCACUCCUGUCAAAGCUUCACCCUCUAAAGACAACUUGCCAUCAAAAAUCACCAGUCGCAAACUGGGCAAGAAAGGGAUGGGGAAGGACAGAUUAGCAUCCAAAAGGAAGGCGGUGGCCACUCUAACCCACAGGGCUUCACCAGUCAAGUUGAAGAAGUCAGACCCCGAGGAACCAAAUAAAACUGAAAAGCCCUCUAAAUGUGCACUACCAUUGAGCCAAGAAAUAUCCAAGAGAAGACCACUCCGACCGAGAGUAAACAAAAUGAUGACACGGCCCAACGAUUACAUCGCCAUGCGGUUACCACGGAGACAGGCUAAGCAGAAUGCACUGAAAUUUUACAUGGAGGAUCUAGAUGUUGAGGAGCGGUCCAAUUCUGACGAAGAGGUCACUUUCCCACAUAAAAGAAAAUUAAAGAAUUUCAUAUCCGAGAACAAUGCUUUCCCAAUUAAAGAAUCUAGAAUAAGAAAAAUUAAUAAAAAUGCUCAGAAAUCUGUCACACAUGGUAGACAGCUGUUAAGAAAUAGGUUACGGUUUGAUAAGAAUUUAAGUAACCCUGAAAGGAGGACUACAAGAUUUUCCAGUAAGUCUAGUGACUCUAACUCCAACGAGAGCAGUGAUUUAGUCAAGAAAAAUGUAAACCAGGAUAUUGUUAGUACAAAUAUUAAAAAUAAUAAUGAUAAAAAUCCAACAAGUGUCCCUGAACGCCGUCCAACCCGACAACGUGUCACAAGAAUGUCAGAAUCGCAGUCAAACAUCACCGUAGAAUCAUUGCCUGAACAACCAAAGACCAGGAAAAACAGUGUGGGAGGUAUGACCCUUAGACUCAGGGAUCCGGAGAGCCCUGUGAAGUCCUUGCCGCAGUCCCCUCGGCGGUUAGACACCCCCCAGUCCCCACGAGACAUCUCCACCAGUCUUACGGAGAUACCCACCUUCUGUCCCACGGAGGAGGAAUUUCAGCGCCCCCUACAAUAUAUCCAAAGCAUCGCACCUAGAGCUGAGCCAUACGGGAUGUGUAAAAUCAUCCCUCCAUCCAGCUGGAAGAUGGAAGGGAAGAUCAGUGAUGAUGUAAGAUUUACAUCCCAGAAACAGUAUACUCACAAACUGUACCAAAGAUUUGGUCCAAAUGUGGAAAAGUUGGAGUGUAUACGAAAACAUCUGGAGACUUUAAAUCCCAUAGAACAAAUCCAGAUACCAGAGAUAGGAGGUGUCGAGCUUGACAUUUGUGAUCUGGACCGGAUGAUUAAGGAGCUGGGGGGAAUGAGGAACGAGGUAGAGAAGAAGAAAUGGGCUCGGGUGGCAGAUGCCAUUAACAUUCCAAAAAUGGCUCAGGACCGAGGCACAAAGCUGUAUGAUGCAUACUGUAAAUUUCUACUAUCUUAUAACGACUUGUCUACAGAGGAGAAAUCAAAGGUUGAAGGUCAGGUCAAGGCUGAGCGACUGAAGGUCAAAAGAGAGGACCAAGAAGAGGACUGCAUUGUCAAGGGGAAGAACAUGUCCCUGGGGCGAUUUAUUCAAAUGGCUCGAAACUCAGCUUCACAACAUCAGAGGGAGCAGGCCCACUCCACCGAAGAGACAGAGAAACAGUUCUGGGAGAUUGUUAAUAGUAGGACCAGACACAUUGCUGUACAUGCAGGCCAUGUUGACACAAAAACACAGAACUGUACCUUGUUUCCCACCAAGAAAGAAAACCAAUACUCCAAACAUCCCUGGAACCUGAACCUACUCCCACAGCACUCUCUGUCCCUGCUCAGAUACCUGGGACCUGUACCAGGCGUUACAGUACCCACUCUUCAUGUGGGCAUGUUGUACACAGCUUCCUGUUGGUCCACGGACAUCCAUCAUCUUCCCUAUGUCCAGUACCUGCAUGGGGAGACUGAUAUAGUGUGGUAUGCAGUGCCAUCCCAAGAAGAGGCCAAGUUUAAAUCUGUGAUGAAGGAGAUCAUUCCUACUCUAGUCAGCAACUCGCCACGCUGGCUCAAGGAGGACACAGCUAUGGUGCCCCCUGAGAUCCUCCUCCAGAAGGGGAUUCACUUGAGCCGCUGCGUCCAGUCUCCACACCAGUUUGUGGUCGUUUUCCCCCGGUGUUACACAGCCGCGAUCAGCUGCGGAUACACACUUGCAGAAUCUGCACACUUUGCAAUGAAGGAGUGGAUCCAGCUGGGCUUUCAAACAGCUGAGACCCUACAGAUGUGUCAGGAGCCGGAGCUGUUCUCCAUGGAUGAACUCAUCUGUCAGAUCAUGGAAGACACAGCCUCGCCCCCAGACCUACUCAAGCUCAGCAUUCCAGCUUUCGAACAAAUCAUACACAGAGAGUUGUCCCACAGGAAGCUACUAAGUGAACAUGGAGUGACUCAGAGUAAACGAAUGGCCACCCCCACCAACACUCGACUGAGUCAGUCUGCGUCACGCAGGGCCUCUAUUGAUGCAGAGGAGUCCACUACCCGAUGCGAAAUAACCAAGAAAAUCUGCUAUCUCUCUCUGUUACUGAAUACUGCCACAGACCAAACUUACUCUCUAGAGCAAGGAGUUGUACAGGCACAGAAAAAGAAGAAAUUCAGGCUCUGCAUCCUAUACUACAGACACUCUGAGGAGGAACUUAAAAAGACUCUGGAGGAUGCAAAGGCGAGGCUUUCCAAUAUGUCGUCUCCCGAGGCAGCUCCUAUACAGAGGAGGAAGUCGCGGAAAUCUGAGACGUGAGCGCUGAGAAGAUUCACUUUAUAGGAAUCUCUGUUCAUCCAAACCUUGAGCUGGCAACACUCUAUUUGAUUAAUAUGAGCUUCAUGUGUAAAGUCAUACGUUUUGUGUAAAAAUGUACGUGUUUGUAGAUUUCGGAAAUUGAAUAUCAUGCCAGGGUAGGGGGUGGACUACGAUAUAGUAUUGGGAAUACGUGUAUUUAUAUAGAACACCUGUGAAUGUACUGUAUGUCUGGAUAAAAUCCUCCCAGUAUGACGUAUAAUAGAACAAUGACAGUGUUGUUGACUGUUGAUGACAGUGUUGUUGACUGUUCCUGCUUUACACAACUUUAUCUGUUGUCUGCCGUAAUUAAGAUUGCUUGUGAUAUCAGAUAUCCACUUCAAUCUGACGAUCUGCAAUAGGUGUUUUUAAAGAGAGGUAAAGUUUUUAAAAGUCAUUGUGUGUGCAAUGUAUGAAGAGUACAAAUUUUUACUUUGGAAUGAAAUAUGGCAGCAGUCUCAAUGUUUUUAAUACAUUUAUUUUACGGCAUCUAAUCCCAAAAUCUUUUAUAUUUUUAAAUAGUUUUACACUUGAAAAUAAGUAGGCAAAUGCCUAAUACAUGUUCCUUUGUACAUGUUUUUAGAAAUGGAUUUUCCCCCAUGACAUGAUAUCAAAUUUUAUGAUGUAUUUUACUAUAAGUGUACCUACACUAUAAUUAUUGUUUAAUUAUUUUUUAAUUGAUGUGCAAUGUUGUUGUGACUUCUAUGUUGUCAACAAAAUUUAAAUAAAACUUUUUAAAAAUCUUUCAA